AGAGAGAGAGAGAGAGAGAGAGAGAGAGAGAGAGGAGAGGAUGGUGGGAAGCAAUGUGGCCGGAUUGCAGGAUCACUUGAAAUUGGCGAGGGAGUAUGCCCUAGAGGGUCUCUACGACACCUCCAUCAUCUUCUUCGACGGCGCCAUUGCCCAGAUCAACAAGCACUUGAAUACGGUUGAUGAUCCCUUGAUUCGGGCCAAAUGGAUGAACGUGAAGAAAGCCUUGUCCGAGGAAGCGGAAGUCGUCAAACAACUAGAUGCCGAGCGGAGGGCGUUCAAAGAAACUCCCAGUGGUCGACGCCCUUCUUCGCCUCCUAUCCAUGCCAAGUCCUCCUUUGUUUUCCAACCGCUGGAUGAAUACCCAACUUCCUCUGGAGCUCCCGCCAUGGAUGAUCCCGAUGUGUGGAGGCCGCCGAGUAGGGAUCCUACUGGUAGAAGGCCUGCGAGGGCUGGUCAAGUGGGCAUGAGGAAGUCACCACAGGAUGGGACAUGGGCUCGUGGUGCUACUGCUAGGGCAGGUGCCGCUGCACGUGGUGCAAAGGCUGGUGGUUCGAGCAAGAGUAAUACCGGUGUCCGAGCAUCUUCUAUUGGAAAGAAAGGCACUGGUUCUGGCAAAUCUGCCAAAGCUGAUUCUGGGAAUGGUGAUGCUGAAGAUGGAAAGUCAAAGAAGGGACAGUAUGAGGGACCUGAUCAGGACUUGGCUGCAAUGCUUGAGAGGGAUGUCUUAGAGACUACCCCUGGAGUAAGAUGGGAUGAUGUCGCUGGACUGAGCGAAGCAAAGAGACUUUUAGAGGAAGCUGUUGUGCUUCCUUUGUGGAUGCCCGAAUAUUUUCAGGGAAUCAGGAGGCCUUGGAAAGGUGUUCUAAUGUUUGGCCCUCCCGGAACUGGGAAGACCCUUCUUGCAAAAGCUGUAGCUACUGAAUGUGGUACUACAUUUUUCAAUGUUUCAUCUGCUACUUUGGCUUCUAAAUGGCGUGGGGAGAGUGAGCGCAUGGUGCGGUGCUUGUUUGAUCUUGCUAGAGCCUAUGCUCCAAGUACCAUUUUCAUUGAUGAGAUCGAUUCUCUCUGCAACGCUCGGGGGGCUUCAGGGGAGCAUGAAUCAUCCAGGAGGGUCAAAUCCGAACUUCUUGUUCAAAUAGAUGGUGUUAACAAUAGUUCGACAAAUGAAGAUGGUACUCGCAAGAUAGUGAUGGUUUUAGCUGCAACUAAUUUCCCGUGGGAUAUAGAUGAGGCACUCAGGAGGAGGCUUGAAAAGAGAAUAUAUAUUCCCCUCCCAAACUUUGAAAGUCGUAAGGAACUUAUCCGUAUCAACUUGAAGACCGUUGAGGUGGCUGCUGAUGUAAACAUUGACGAUGUAGCUCGACGGACUGAAGGAUACAGUGGGGAUGAUCUUACGAACGUUUGCCGGGAUGCUUCCAUGAAUGGAAUGAGGCGUAAGAUAGCUGGAAAGACUCGGGACGAAAUUAAGAAUAUGUCCAAGGAUGAGAUCUCGAAGGACCCUGUCGCGAUGUGUGACUUCGACGAAGCCUUGGUGAAGGUACAGCGGAGUGUUUCUGCAGCUGAUAUUGAGAAGCACGAAAAGUGGUUUGCAGAGUUUGGAUCAGCAUAAAGAAUGUCACUGCUUCUCAAAGAAAUCUUGAUCUCUUGGUGUUCAUGGUAACAGUUCUUCCCCUGUCAACCGAAUUUGUCAUAUAUUGAGUCAAAAACCUCAUCACGUACAGUGUGACGUGCAUUCGAUUUGUAACCAGUUAUGUAUUUGUACCAUGACAGUUCUUCAGAACAUUUAUCAAUUUUACAUUGGUUCA